AGAAAGCACCUGUCUCUUCUACUCUUCCUGUGGCAACACAGUCUCCAACACCACCUUCUCCUCUAUUCAGUGUAGACUUCCGUACAGAUUUCUCUGAGAGUGUGAGUGGUACAAAAUUUGAAGAAGAUCAUCUUUCCCAUUAUUCUCCCUGGUCUUGUGGCACUAUAGGCUCCUGCAUAAAUGCCAUCGAUUCAGAGCCCAAAGAUGUAAUCGCUAAUUCAAAUGCUGUGUUAAUGGACCUGGACAGUGGAGAUGUUAAGAGAAGAGUGCAUUUAUUUGAAACUCAAAGAAGGACAAAAGAAGAAGACCCAAUAAUUCCAUUUAGCGAUGGACCUAUCAUCUCAAAAUGGGGUGCAAUUUCCCGAUCUUCUCGUACAGGCUACCACACUACGGAUCCUGUCCAGGCCACUGCUUCCCAAGGAAGUGCGACUAAGCCCAUCAGUGUAUCAGAUUAUGUCCCUUAUGUCAAUGCUGUUGAUUCAAGGUGGAGUUCAUAUGGCAACGAGGCCACAUCAUCAGCACACUAUAUUGAAAGGGACAGAUUCAUUGUUACUGAUCUAUCUGGUCAUAGAAAGCAUUCCAGUACUGGAGACCUUUUAAGCAUUGAACUUCAGCAGGCCAAGAGUAACUCAUUACUUCUACAGAGGGAAGCAAAUGCUCUAGCCAUGCAACAGAAGUGGAAUUCCCUGGAUGAAGGCCGUCACCUUACCUUAAAUCUUCUAAGUAAGGAAAUUGAACUGAGAAAUGGAGAGAGUGAUUAUACAGAAGAUGCAGCAGAUACUAAGCCUGAUAGAGAUAUCGAGUUAGAGCUUUCAGCACUUGAUACUGAUGAACCUGAUGGACAAAGCGAACAAAUUGAAGAGAUCUUGGACAUACAACUUGGUAUUAGUGCUCAAAACGACCAGUUGCUGAAUGGAACCACAGUGGAAAAUGGGCAUCCAGUUCAACAACAUCAGAAAGAGCCAGUAAAACAAAAGAGACAGAGUUUAGGUGAAGACCAUGUGAUUCUGGAGGAGCAAAAACCAAUUCUGCCGGUAACUUCUUGCUUUAGUCAGUCACUCCCUGUGUCUGCGAGCGAAGCAAGUUGUCUUCCCAUCACCACAUCUGUCAGUGUUGGCAACCUCAUUUUGAAAACUCAUGUUAUGUCUGAAGAUAAAAACGACUUUUUAAAACCUGUUGCAAAUGGGAAGAUGGUUAACAGCUGAAAGGAGGUUCAUCUUUCAAAUUUGUGACCACACCAUGGAAGCAUUUACACUAGCUUUUUAUAUAUAUAAUAUAUAUUAUAUAAUGUAUAUUUUUUUUAAAAAAAAAUAUUACUGGGGGCAUCCAUUUCCUGUGGACUCUUUGAUACUUUAAGCCCUCCUGCAUUAGCAUUAUGAAAAAAAAUUUUACUUUAAUAGGGUAACAUGUUCACUUUCCAGAAGUGAUUGGAAUUUGGACAUCAUUUAACUUAAGCUUCAAGCAGCUUUUUAUGAGUUUGUAGCAAUCUGGUGCAGUAACUGAGCCAUUUCCUAUUUUAAAUGGCUUCUAUAGAAAAUUAACAACUCAGUUAUUAAACUAGCAGGAUCCUACAAUGAUACAUCUAGUGAAAGUAGAC